AUGUUGUCCUAAUAACCCUAAUAAUCAUAGAGUAAAACUCUUAGAUGCAAGAGGUGUAAUAUUGAGGUUCCCAACUCCAAAUUAUAUGAACAUUAUGAAAUUUGUUAAAAAUAAUUCUUAAUAGACUAACCCAACUACAAUUAAGUUCACAAAAAUACCAAACCUAUUCUUAAUGAUGAUUAAAAUACAAUAAAUCAAUCUUCAUCUCACAUUAUUAGUUAAGAGAAUAAUAUAUAAAACAAUAACACUUUAUCAAAUUCAUAAUCAAUUGGUUUUAAGAUGGUGAAAUAAUGUGAUUCUUGCUAAUAGUAUUUUCCAAUAGAUAUUUAUUAUGAACAUCAAGAUCAAUGUUAAAGAGAGAAAUAAUUAUAAAAAAAUAAUGAAAAUUAGAUGGAUAUGAGCACAUUGAUUUUUUAAACUUCAUAAGAAAUAUAUGUAAAUAAAUAAAAUACAGAUUAAGUUUAAGAUGAAUUUGAUUCAGAAAUUGUACGAAGUGAUUAUACAACAGGAGGUACUUAUAAAAGAACUGUCAUCAAAAAAGAUAAGAAAACUGGAUUUACUAAUUAUAAGACUUCAUAUCAGAAGAAAUAGAAUAAAUUUUUGGAUGAUAAAUAUGCAAAUAAAACAAAUUAGGAGAUUAUAAGUAAUGAUGAGAAAGAUAAUUAAUCUUAUUAGAAUCAAUAAGACUUUCUAGAAAUAGACAAUUUAUCAACACUACAAUCAGAAGAUGGUAUAAAAUGUUCUAUUUGCAAUUAAUAAUAUGAAUAACUAGAUUAAACCAAACGAUUUGAAGCAUGUAAACAUUAAUUUCACUUAAAUUGUAUCUAAAAUAAGCCUUGUCCUAUUUGUGCUGCACAGCCAUUAUAAAAAUAAUGA